AUGAAUCCUGAUAGCUUCUGUACGGAGUAAGUUUCUCUUUUCUUCUACUGACUGGAGAUUUUGGAUUUUACAGUUAUUCUAACACUUCCAAACAGGACCAAGAGCCUUCCGGACGACGAUUGUCAACUGUAAGCGUGCCAAAUAACUGAACUAAACAGAAAUAUUCUUCCAGAGCUGGGACAACGAGAACAAAAUAAGUGCGUUGGCUGUGCCCCAUGUUGAGCAACGAAGAAACUCUAAUACGGUCUCUAAAACCAGUCGGAUCAAAUCCAGAAACAAAUGAUCUAACAAUUCAGCUCGCCCAACUUCUCGAAUACCGUCAACUGUCUCUCACCGAUGAUGUUUCUCUUGAUUUGGAGGUGUUUGCAAAAGGCUGCAAUGGGAAACAAACCAUCUUUUUUCAGAGUUCCCAUUCGUCUCGACCGGCUUCUCGACGUGGAUCGAUUGUGCUACGGAGAGCGUCUGUGGGCUCAAGAAGGCAAUCUGUCGUGGAAAUGCUCGUGGAUAGUGGACUUCCGAAAACUAACAAUGAUUGUGUGAUGGUAACUUUCAGCUCACAGUUGUCCGUAUUUGAAAAUGAUGAUCUAAGGUUCAACAAACUCUCGGAACUUCUACUACUCUUUUCUUUCAAAAGAACCCAUUAGUUGAUAAUUUGGAUCUACGUCCAUCUGCCGCCGAGAGAGGAAUCUUCAAUGUAACUUGUAAGCUCUUUGAAUCAAAAACCUUGAUUUUUGUAGUUUGACGAUUCAAUCAAGGAAGUCCCUCCAAUGAAGUACUUCGGGACUCCCCGUCCAUCGAUCCAACUGCCCCAGUCCCCGAGACCAUCUACUUUUGCUCAUCCAAUUCAAUCGAUCGAUGAGUCUGAAGACGAAGGAAACCAAACUCCAACUCUCAAGAACCUGACGAUCCGUCCAUCCCUCGAAGAACGAGGACUCCCGGCGGUAACCUCUCAGUUUCAUCUGUUAUGGCUUUCUUCCUUUGUGUUUUUUCAAUGCACUUAACUUUUGCGUCCCCAUAGUUAGUUUCCUUAUGGUUCUUUCCUCAUAUACAGGUCAAGUUCGCACCAGUGGUCCCGGUAGCAAGUGGCAGAGUGCAAACCCGCGGUCGGACUCUCCACAAGGUAAUGGAGUCUCUCAGGAUCGAUAGAGAGAGAGAGAGAGGGAAACACUCUUGCAUUUUUUGCAAGUGUGAGAACGUUUCAUUUCGACUUUGCAUAUUUUAGCAACCUCGCGCCGAUCCUAGCUUCGACUUGGAACUCGAUGUACGUUUUCUUCUUCUUCUUCUUUCUUCUCUUCUUUGUUGCUUUGUUUUCUAAAACAUACACUUUUGCAGACAAUAAUCGCGUCGCGACGGAAGAUUGUUGACGAAGAAGAAACAAAACGGGAAAGGGAAAAUCAAAUUCGCCCGAGAAUUCAACGUGAGAACGAGAGAAACAGAAUUAGUGAUUCAUUUUCGUGUUCCAGAAGAAAACCGUUCUCAGUCUCGCCCUCACCACUACGACGGACACUUGCCACACCAAUUCGGAACUUUCAACGUCAUGGAGGUGUUGUACCGUCUGAAUUAUCAUAUUUCAAUCAGAACUUAUCAGGAACUUCGCAAUCAAAUGGAAAGCGGCGAAGUGGAUCGCAUAGUAAAGGAGAAGAAGACGACCACGGUGACCGAGACCCGCGAGAUUGUUUAUUUCACGCAUCGCUUGCCUUCUUCUAUCGCUAUCUCGACCAGAGUACCAGCUUUUGCUUUCUUCCUUUGCUUCUUCCGGGGAAAUCCAUUCACUCACCUAGUUUUUUCCAUUUACAGCUUUCUCCGACCGGAGUUCCUGUGCACAAUGUGAAUCGAAAUUCGAUCACCGUUGAGGGAUCGCUGUGAGAAAAUGGGGAAACAAUUAGCAGAAUCUUAGUUUCUCAAUUUCAGACCACCACUUCUUGAUAGACCGUAUGUUCGUGCUCAGGAGGGGUAGCUUUAAUGGAAAAUGAAGGACAAAAAACUAAUUCGAACUAUUUAGAAAACAAGGAUUGACCCCUGACGGCAAGUCUCCUAGCAAAACCGUCACCAUUCGUGUCCCAGAAGACCAUCAAAAUCAUCCAGUAAUAAUAAAUGAAUGAUGCACAGAAUCAAAAUUACUUUUUCCAGAGAGGACACAUGCUCCAUAGAUCCGCGACGCCGUCGCCACACAACGUUAGGUUUUGAUCCAUUGACGUAGUGCUUGUCGAUUUUGUUCUGGAUGUUUGAAACAUUACGCAGAUAUGUAUUAUUGCAGACUGCUGACAAGCGCCGAGAAGGCAGUACUUCGCCAUAA